GUGAAACUUUCGACCUGUCUUGAGUGUCAUGAGGGCGUUAUCUAUGUUUGUUGUUCCUUGGAAGGGUUAAAUUACCUUCGGAUGCAGUGCAUUAAUGAUAUGUGACCCAUUUCCUUCUCUAUCAAGAGGAAAUGAGAAGUUCAGUGAUACUUCUGGACGUGUUGUGAACAGAGCGUCUGUGCUUUGUACAUUUUUACCGCCAAAUGAAAUUUUGGAAGAUUGUUGAACUUGAAUUUCAUAUACAACUGUUGGAAAUGAUACCCCUGUAAGAGCUGUAUGGAGCUAUAUAGCAUGCCACAGCUCGACAAGUCGUUACCAUACUCGGACAUUCACUAUGUGGAAAGGAGCAAUUUGCCAAGUACAUCCAUUCCAGUGGAUGUCAAAAAAUUCUCUCCUGUUUCUGGGGACAUCUUAACAAGUUCAGCAUGGAGUGCUGUCAUACAUCGCCCUGCAGAAGACUCAGAACCUGAAGACCUUCCCUCCACAGUUGACAUGGAUGCAAUCAAGGGAUCACCAUCAACAUCUCUCCCAACAUCUGGCCCAAUGGUAUGGUCUGAAAGUGAUCGUGGUCAUGGUGAAGGUGGAGACAAUGGCAGUGAAAGUGGGGACGACGAUGACGAUGACGACGAUGAUGACGAUGACGAUGAGAAAGAGUCAUCCAGUGACAAUGACUCGUCUUCACCCAACUCAGAUGGUGAUGAUGCCGACUCUGAGUCAGGAACUGCUCAAGGUUCAGCCAGUGAUUCGGAUUCAGAAAGCAGUUCCAAGAACUCAUAUGACUCAGACUCAGAUUCAGCCUCAAGUGACAGUUCCUGUUCAUCACACAGUAGUGAAUCCAGCCAUUCAUCCAAAAGUUCAUCAUCAAAGCAGUUCCCUGGAAGUGACUUUGAAAAGCAGUCUACAGGACAAGAGCAACAACAAUUUGUUGCGGGAGUGAAGUCUAAGAAUGAGAAAAUUGAUGAAAAAAGAGAUCUUGGAUUACCCAUUAAAAACGAAGAAAAAGCAGAGGGGAAAAAAUGUUUAUCAAAAAAAGAGGAUGACAAAGAGUGUUCAAAAGAAAGCUCUCAUUUCAAGGAGGAACAUGUUGAGUUGAAUUGGCAAGAAAAAGUGAAGAAUCCAAUUCAAGUGAAAAAAGAGUCAGAUGAUGAGAGGCUAAGGGAGAAAAUAAUAAAGGAUGUACCUGUGAAACCAUCUCCAUUGCGAAAUGUGCGUCGCAAGGACAACAAUACCCUGAUGAACAGAACUUCCAACAAGAACUCGGUUGACGAAGUAUCUUCCACACUGCAUGGAGGAGGUACUUCCUCUUCUUCAUCCAGUAUAGCUUCUCGUUCUUUCAAAGACCUUCCAAACACUGCCAACAUGAAGUCUGAUCGUAAAGUAUCUAUUUCAAUCUCAAGCUCAACCACACAAACAUCUACCAUAAACGACUCUAGCAGUGAUGUGGAACUGCCUGAUCAGGUUGUAACCGAUGCUAUUCAAAGAAUACAUGUUGAGUCUAAAGUCAAAUCAGGACCAUGUGCUGCAGAUCUUGAGGAUGGCGAUGAGGAAGAUGUUGAAAAUGAUGGUUCAAGUGAUGAUGGAGAUAAAAGACAAGCUCAUUAUUCGUCAAAUCUCCUCCAGAAAUUUGUUGAAAGCACAGAGAGAUUAUCUGGGAAGCGCCGCAUUGAACAAGCCCGCUCUUCUGGACCCCAAAACAGUAUCAAGAGUGGAACCACUUAUGCUCAAAAAGAAGCAAUGAGGCGGAAACAUGGACAUCCUGGUAAACUGCCCCCUAGUAAUACGUUGUCUGGUGCUGCCCGAGGGGGUCCACCUGAUUUGGAAGUUUACUGUUCUGUGAGCAAUGUUUCCCCUGACAGUGGUAUAUACUGUGUUAAUGGGUCCCCUUCCCCAUGGCAUCAGUCCUCACCUGCUCACUCACCUCAACACCCUCCACAGUUGAAAGCCCUUCCUUCUCCACCGCAUGGCAAAGUUAAUCAAGAACAUAGAAGGAAACACACAUCAUCAUCAAUAAAAGUUGUGCCAACGUCCAGUACAAAAUCUCCUAAAAAAGUAUCUAACCGCCCUGAACAUUAUAAAGAUGCUCGGGUGCCACCUAUUCUUUCUAUUGACGAUUCUGAAGGUGAAUCAUCCUCAUCUCCUAUGCUAUCUGUGCCAGCCAGAAGAGGGCGUGGGAGACCCAAGAAAGCUCCUCCUGUUCUUGAACCUUGUCUGCCUUAUGGUGUGAAAUCUUCAUCUAAACAGCCUCAUGCCUUGGAUCAUACUCAAAUUAAGAGUAGAAAACAGGUUAACAGGAUGGAAUCUGAAAGCUCAGAUCAGAGUGUGGAACGCUGUGAUAAAAUUUUAAGUUAUUCAACACAUAGGAGUAGAGAAGUUCAAGUGACAAGCCAAGGGGUACAGUGUGACCAGUCAGAAUUUCCUCAAAUUGGACAAUCAGAAACUAAGAAAAAGAAGAAAAGUCAACCAUCUCAAGGAUCAAAGAGUAGCCAAGCUAAAUCACCCAGUACAAUAAAACCAACUCCCAACAAGAGCCAGGAUAAAGAAAAAUUGCAUAAGAAGUUGGAGGCCUUGCAAACAGUCUGUGAUCGUGUCAAGAAACCUGUUGAGAACAUUGCCCUUGGGCAUGGAUCAGUGGGCCAGUCAAAAUCAUCUUCCAAGAGUUCUUCCAAAGAUGGGAGCCCAUUGAAAAGGUCAUCAAAUAGUAAACGAGAGAAUCAUGUACCGGGCAGUCAGUUGUCAUCUUCCAAACGCAAACUUGGUCACAAAGUUGUACCUCAAAAUUGUGGUGACAAGAAAAAGAAGGGAAUAGGAAGGGGAGAAGCAGCCCGUUUAGCUGCUGCAGCUGCUGCAUUACUGUCGUCUACAUCAUCAUUGUGUAUGAAAUCAGAUUCUUCCAAUCUGACUUCUAAUGCACCCUCCUCUUCUGCAGUUUGUCCUACAAAAACACAACGCCCAUCAGAGAAGGUGGUUGCCCUGCCAAGAGGUCUUAAACCAGUGCACCACAAGCUUAAGAAGCAUCAUCGCCGAAAAGAGCAUAAAAAACAUUCAAGUAGAUCUGAACACAGAAAGCAUUCAAACCGCUCAAGCUUUAUUGACCCAAACUUUUUACAUGAACUUGAGAAGCUCAUUGCAGAAUUUCAGCGCUCUUGCUGCAUAGCUCGCAUUCAGCAACCAUCCAGGUUGACUGAAGGAACCAGAUUACCCUCAAUAUUUCGACUCAAAAGAAUAGGAAAGAAGAAAAAGGGAAGUGAACGUUCGAGGAACAGUGAUCGGGACUCUGGGCCUGAGAUAGAAAAUCCUCCACCUGUGACACCUGCUGCACGUGAUACCCGAGAUAAGGGAAGCUCUGGUGGAAAGAGACGUCCAAAGAAGAGUACAGUUGAAACUCCAAAGGGUCAAAGGCCAGAAGCAAAUAACGAGCAAAGACUUCCUCUCAAGAAGAGACACUAUCACAUGUCGACAGCUCCAAACCAACAAAGUGGCCUUACUUCAUCACCAGAACUAUCACUGGAUAUAAGCUCAUCUGCGGAAGAAAAAAGGAGCAACAAUGAUGACAGUCCCACCUCAAGCAUAAGCAGUAAAACGAGCAUGAUAAGUGUAACAAGUCAAGGAAGUCGGGGUAAUACAUCUCUAAGCACUCCAAACCUUCCGGUCAAGGCAACUACAACAUUAAGCAUGUUGAGUUCUGCUCCCUGUGAUGUGAUGCCUUGUUCCAGCAAAGCUGUUAGCUCUUCUGUUUGCAAUAUUGUUAGCAGGAUUUGCCCAGUGAAAGGAAACAUAUCCCCUGGUGCCAAUACCUCUAACAAGGAAACAGUUGUUAUGCCAGCUACUAGUAGCAGCCCAUUGUCAAAUGAUGAACCAAGCUUAUUGAGGAAAGCUGAUUCCUCUGCCACUUUUGCCAGCGUUAGUGGAAAAUCUGAACAUAUUCCUGCUCACAUUCCUCCACUGAAUAUUGAGAAUAGCUAUACUUCUACCACAUCUCCAGUUCUGUGUUUAAACAGAUGUUACAGCAAUACCUCCUCAUGCACUAGGAAUUCGGCAGAGGAAACAAGCUCAACGUUAAGUUCUAAAAGUCCUGUGCCAUCAAACUUCAGUGCAGUGCCAUCAAAGCCUCUUCAGCUUUCUUCUGAGGCUCUCAACAAACCCAACACUUCUAGUCUAAAAGCAUCAACAUCCAAAAAUAAUUCUUCAUCUGUUAAACCAAUUCCUGGGCCAGCUACCAUAAAAUCAAUUGCCGAUAGUAGUUUGCUGCUAAAGUCCUCUCCAGGACUUGCUGCUGACCAUCCAGAAAGUUCCAACAGUUCAGCCAAUCAAGAAUACAGCUCACUGUCUUCUACACCCGGCAGCAAGAGUUCAGUGUUAUCCUCAAUUGUUUCCUCAAAUUUUGAGGUUGAAUCAGUUACUAGCCAUAAGAGUAACAGUUCAGGUUCAACUUCUGAUUCUAAAUUACUUAGAAAUUCAUAUGAUGAGGCUAUUGAAGCUUGCAUCAGUAAAUAUUCAUCUGAUGUGGGCUCUGCAAAUUUGGCACCCAGAUCUGUUAUUACAACCCCUAAGAAAAGACACCGUAUGGAAAUGCAGGGAAAGCCUGGUGGAACCAAAGGAAAAGAGCUGGAGCCAAGUGUUCACUCAACCACUGGCCUUGCCGCAGGAACGCCAGCCUUAAAACGAUCAAUUUCUCGCACUGCAACUGUUCCACAAGUGUCAACACCUCUGGUUAUUGUUGCAGAUAUUUCACAGCCCUUUGUUCAGACAAAACUUACUGCUUCUUUACCUGCUCCUCAAGUUUUGUCUCCAGGAGGUUCUAAAUUACCUGAUUCUGGAAUCUUUGAACCUUCGUCAUCUUCGGAGAAUUAUGUUGUGGAUGUAUCAUUGCCUGCAACUCCUGUCAAAAGUGCAAUAGCAGGUCUUUCAAAACUGAAAGGAACAUCAAGUGGUUCAUGUUUCAAAGGUGUUGUAACACCACUUUUAGGUUUUGAGUCAUCUAAUGAACAACUGCCUCCUCCGGAUUCAUAUGCGCUAACUAGCCACAACUUACGUCAAAAGAAAAACAUUCUUGGUCUGUCAUCAGAACAGGAAGUAAAUGGUGAAACUCAAGACACUUCAUCUGAGAGACCUGCAGUGCCUUCUCUGUCUCAAGAUGAAGUUGCGCCCUCCCCUAGCUCAGCCCCAGAAAUUGAACCAGAGCUAAAGGUGAAGGCAAAGUCCAAAUCUAAAACAAAACAGGUUGAUGUUCCAAAGAAAAACGAUUCUUUAAUUGACAUUCCUGUGCCUGAAGCAGAAGUAAAAUUAGAAGAUGACAAAAGUGACAAUGCCACACAUAUUGAAUUAAAAGAACUCAGAAUACAUGCGCAAAAACUGAGUGAUGGCGACAUGAAUGUGCUCAAGGAUAAAGAUAAAUCAAUUAAACAUCCCAAGAGUGUGGGUGCUGCUCCAAAAAGAAGACGAAAGUGCAACCGCACAGGUUUUCCUGUGAAACGCAAAAGGAAAAAGAAAGAUUCUUCAGAAGUGGAAAGGCUAAAAUGGAAUGAAAAUUCGACAGAAGCUUCUAAUACCUCAAUACAAGAAAUGCAGAUCCCGUCAGGUGGUGGAAAUACAACAAAUCUUAAUGCAAUUGCCUCAAUGCCUAGUCAAGAGGAAUUGUUAAAUAAAAAGUGUGAUGAAGUUUCAGUUGGAAAACCAAAUAGAAUAGAGAAUUCUAUACCCAUCAAAGAAGAAGUUUGCGAAAGAAUUAACAAUGUGAUGGCUGAGAAAAAGAAGGACAGCCAGUCUAUGAUAUUAAAAACAGAAGACUGUUCAGCAAAUGAUAUUAAAGUAGAAGCCAAAAUCCAAGAUUCCUCUCCUACUUCUGAUGGCAAGGCCAAUUCAGUUAAAUCAGGUGAUGAAUUAACUCUGGUGCCUUACAUUGACAGAAUUCCAAACAAAGAGAAGUAUAUGUUUUCUGGUUUUACUAAAAGAUUAGAUUUUAAACAAAACAAGGUUCGCAAGCCCAGUAAAGCUGUUUUAAGAGCAAUGCGGGCAAAAUUCUCUGAAAAUAUUUCACUGCCAGAUACACCAGGUGGGAGCAUGAUGGAAUCAAAACUAAUGCCUUCUAACUGGAGCACCGAUGAUAGUGAUGAAUCUGCUGAUGACCCAUAUGAGUUUAUUGAGACAGGAGAAUCUCAUGAACAACAUGCAGAAGAUGAAGCAUUAAUACAUUUGGAAACUUUGGAGGAGAGGGCUGAAUCAGAAAAGUCUGAAGUUUUAGCCAGAACAGAAACCAAUCUACCUCCCAGAAAACUUAAAAGAGAGAUGAAAAGACCAGCUCUCACAUCUGUCGAAGAACCUGUCAAACCUAAAUAUAUAAAAUCAGACAAAGAUGGAAGCACAACAGGGAAAAGACUCAAGGGUGGCAAUAAUGAAUCACGAACAAGAAACAAGCGAAAAAAUGAGAGUGAAGAAUUGCCAUCAUCUGUUGAGUUGCGCAACGCUCGGAGCAAGAAACGCCUGCGUACUGUGCAGAGAAUGGAAGCAGACAGUUUAGAAACAGAUUGUGAUGAGAGUGUUCAUGGAGAAACUGAAGCCCCUCCUCUCGGAGGUGGUGCUGAAGUUCUAUCUGAAGAUGAAACCACAAAAAACUUUGCAAAGGAUGCUAAACAACCUAGGUGGAGGAAAAAGUUUUUACCUGCAGGACUUUUUUCAGAUUACUUCAAAUUAGAUGAGCCUCGUUCUGUAAGUGACGGCAAGAAGAGCUUGCAAUACAAACCUGAAGAUCAUCCUCAUGGCCUGUUACCUGCACCAUACCAUUGUGGAAAGUGGUUACGUCAAAGAAGGGUAAAUUUCCAGCUUCCCUAUGAUCUUUGGUGGCUCCAUACUCAUAAUAAGUUGCCUGGCCGUGAUAUUGUUCCUUCUUGGAAUUACAAGAAGAUCCGAACAAAUGUGUACAACAAUGUUAAACCUUCAUAUAUGCAUGAGCCACAGUCAUGCAACUGCAAAUUAUCAGAAGGUGGAGGCAAAGGUUGUGGAGAUGACUGCAUUAAUCGGCUUGUAUAUGCUGAAUGUGCUCCCGCACUGUGCCCCCUCAGAGACGUUUGCUCUAAUCAACGUAUCCAGAGACAUGAGUGGGCUCCAGGCCUUGAAAGAUUUAUGACCAAAGAAAAGGGUUGGGGAGUUCGUGCAAAGCAGCCAAUUAAAAGUGGCGAUUUUAUUUUGGAAUAUGUGGGUGAAGUUGUUUCUGACAGAGAAUUUAAGGAGCGAAUGGCAACAAUUUACACCAAAGAUACUCAUCACUAUUGUCUGCAUUUGGAUGGUGGUCUAGUAAUUGAUGGCCAUCGGAUGGGAGGUGACGGGAGAUUUGUUAAUCACUCUUGUGAGCCUAACUGUGAAAUGCAGAAAUGGAGUGUAAGUGGUCUCUUCCGAAUGGCUCUAUUUGCCUUGCGGGACAUUGAAGCUAAUGAAGAACUUGGUUAUGACUAUAAUUUCGCCCUCUUCAAUGCUGCUGAAGGCCAACCAUGCAAGUGCGGAUCAAGUCAGUGCAGAGGAGUCAUAGGUGGUAAAUCUCAAAGAGUGAAUGUUUUACCCUCAUCUCAAAAUGGUUCAUCUUCCAAAGUGAGUGUUGAAGAUUUAAACGAAAAAAAGGGAAGCCGCAAAAACAAAAGAAAAGCAAGCCGCAAGAAUGAUAAGGAGCAAGCUGCAGAAAAUCUGAGACAAAGGAAGCGAAUGGAGGCCCAGCGUCUCAGUCAGUUGCUCACUCUAAAUAUCCGACAAAUGUCUAAUCAACAGCGUAGCUUUGUCAUAGAGCAUCACUGCUUUUUGCUUCGAAAUCUAGAAAAGGUUCGGAGAUUGAAAGAGAAAUUGAGACAGUCAACACAGCGCCCAGAAGGGUUUACAAGGCCUGUUCCUACCAAUGUCAAGCAGUCAGACGUGUUCCUUACUCAACUUAAUGCUCUGUCCAUCCCAAGAAAUGUACGAACUCGACGCCUGGCUCAAGCAGAAGACAAUCCAGAGCUUGCUAGAAACGCAAGAUUAGCCUGUGUUUUAAAAGACCUUUUCAAUGUGAUUGUAUCCUCAAAAGAUGAAAAUGGAGAGGCUCUUAGCAAUCCUUUCAUGACCUUACCAAAUAAACGAAAACUUCCACUCUACUAUGUGCGGAUAAGAGAACCCCUUGAUUUCUCAACAGUUGAUCAAAAUAUCAACUCUGGUCUCUACUCAAAUCUAGCAGCUUUCGACCAAGAUAUCAAUAAGAUUCUCAAUAACAACCUUAGAUUCUAUGGGCGUACAACCAAUUUGGGUAUUGCAUCUGUGAGAUUAAAGAAAGUGUACUUAGAUGCCAAGAAAGAUAAGUACCCUCAGCUUGUUGAAGUUUUAGGGGAAACUGUUGCUGCAUCAUUUGUAGCAGAGAAGAAUCCAGCAGAGGAAGAAGAUGUCAUCAGGUGUAUUUGUGGGCUGUACCGUGAUGAAGGAAUGAUGAUACAGUGUGAGCGUUGUUUAGUGUGGCAGCAUGGUGAUUGUGUUCGUUGUGAUGACACUGUGGGGCAAUACUUGUGUGAGAUUUGUGAACCUCGCACUGUUGAUCUUGAAAUAGUCAUGGAUCCACAGCCUGAAGGACACAAACCUGAAGGACAUGACAAGGAAUAUACUACACUCUUGCGAAAUGAUCUUCAGAUCCGACAAGGGGAUACUGUCUAUGUUUUGAGAGAUGUGACUGAGGGAGAAGGAGAGUCACAGGCCAAGGUGACAUACAAGACAAUCAAGGAUCCCAAAUAUGGUGAUAUGGAUAUUUUCAGAAUUGAAAGGCUUUGGAAAGAUGAUAAAGGGGAACGUUUUGCCUUUGGUCACCAUUAUCUUAGACCACAUGAAACUUACCACGAACCAACGAGGAAAUUUUACCCUAAUGAAGUUAUGCGUGUUCCUUUGUACGAGAUUAUAUCUCUUGAUUUGAUUUGGGCACGGUGCUGGGUUUUGGAUCCCAUGACAUAUUGCAAAGGCCGCCCAAUUGAAGCUGUGGAGGAGCAUGUGUAUAUAUGCGAGUACCGGGUGGACAAAACUGCUCGAUUGUUCUACAAGGCCUCCAAGUCUCAGAGCCGAGCAAAUUUAUGUCUGAAGAGCUAUGCAUUCGAAACUUUUGAAACAAGGCUGAAACCUGUGAGAACUUACACUCCCCAUGGCCCUGUACCACCCUUGAAACCUCGAGUACGAUGCAACCAGGAUGAUGCAAGUUCUACCAAAUCAAUGCCACAAUCAUCUGUUGCGGAAGAGGAGGAAGAAGUGCCUCUUGCACGUGUAAGGGAUUCUGCUGUAGCUGAAAAGCGGGAAAAACAACAAAAGCACUUAAACGGGAUCUUAUUGCGACUCCUUGCCAAUCAGCAAUGCAAACAACCUUUGGAUAUGUCUCAUCUGUUGGAUCGUGGAAGAAGACCAAGAAAAAAACCAUCAUCACUUAAUACAUGAGAGUGGCUUUUAUAACCUGGUUGAGACUUAACAACAUGGGAGUAAUGCUUGGCGCUUCAACCUGCUUGCUCACUUGUACACAUUUUUCAUCUGUUUCCUCUUUAUUACAUUUUAAGGUGUAGGGAACAUCAGCAAGCUGUGUUAUUUUUUGGGGGAUAUGAAGCCUAGGUGGUUGAAUGGGUUAGCCUUGAACUGCGCAGUCACUGCCUUUGUCCUGGUUUUCCUAGUUUGGUGCAUUCAUCAAGUAAGUUUUGUCUCAACUUGCCUCAGACGCAUUUACUUUACCCAGCCAUCAUGCUUUUAGAUGUUUAUAUGUAACUAUAUAUUUUAUUACCUGUUGAACGACUUUCAAUGUUAAUUCUACCCGUUUAUUGUUUGUUUGUUUAGAUAGUGCUUUAUUUAACUUUUGGUGGGAACUUCUUUAAAAUUAUGGAGGAAUGCUUUAAAUUUCUCUUUCCCCUUUUUUAAAUGUCCUCUAUUAAGCUGUGCAAGCUUUAUCAGCGUCACAAAACCUGUUAAAGGUAUUGUUGAUGGCAAAUGUACCUGAAUUUUCAUGAUUUCUGGGUUUUGUCAGUCGUCUGAGAGCAUAUGGUUAUGCUUAGCCUAUUAACAUACAUUAGUUCCCUUGUUACAUUUUUUUCUGUAUAUUGUAUGGUAGGUGUUAUUUAAAAAAAAAUGAUCUUUUGCCACCUUGGACUGUACAUUACUCAUCUCACUUAAAGUUUUGUGUGUUAACUUGUGGAUCAAUGUGAUCCUCACGUGUUUCAAGCUUAAGUAUUUGGGAUUUUAGUGAAGUUGACAUGGCCAAGUAUCCAUUGUUUUGAGAGUACAAAUGAUAAUUGAUUUGAAUCAUCUGUGAAUGCCAUCUUCGUACUGAUUAUUGUUAGUUGUGUAUAUUUAGAUUUUUUUAGGGACUAUUAUUUUGUAAUGGCAUACAAACAUCCUGUAUAAAUGAAGUAUUUGGAUUAUAUUUUUAUGCUAGUCAUAACCAAAUCAUUUUAGCCACCAUCAUUCAUCUAAACUCUUGGUAUAUCCUUUAAUGUAUUGUAAUUCCACCCGUUUUGUUGUAAAUUGCCAUCAAUAUAGAUAUGUUUUCUCUGAAAAUCAUCUGUAUCAUUGCCUUCUUUCUUUUUUCUUUUUUUUCUUUUUUUUUCUUUUUUUUGAUCUGUUCUUUUGCACCCCUUUUUGUCAGAAUUUGAAACAUGUUUGUGUUUUUUUUAUACAAUGCAGUGUCCUUUACAAACUCAGUAUGUAAUACUGAUAACAUGUAACAUAUAUGUAUAUUUACUUAAGUUUAAGGUUACCAUAGAGUAGUGUUAAUAAUCUGUGUUGUGCAUAUUUAUUUAUCAUGUUUGCUGUUUCCCUUAUUUUCUAUUUGGAACAAGUAAAUAUAAGCUUCCUCAACCUCAGAGCAAUAGGCAUCUGCAGCUUAUUUGGCUGUGUGUAUCAAAGAGAAACUAAGGACAGUAAAUAAGUAUUGUAGCUGUACAUAUUUAUUUUAAGUGUUAAUUGAACUUGUUUCCUUUGUACAGAUAUGAAAAGAAUUAUUCUCUGUAGCACAA